UCAGGCACAUAAAAAGGAAACAUACUCUUUUUCCUCUUUACAUGUCUCACUUUCUAUUUAUGUAUACUUUGCUGAAAAGGUGAUAUAGAUUGCUGCUGGCUGCUGUCAAGGAUGGCCGUCACCUUACGUUGUGUUGUUUUUAUCAUCUGGGUUGGUCUAGGUAAUGUUUGGGGAAAUGAAAAGGUUUAUUCGGACAACAUUACUCGAAUCUUGGAUAGACUUUUGGAUGGUUAUGACAAUAGACUGCGACCUGGCUCUGGAGGUAGUGUUACAGAAGUGAAAACAGAUAUAUUUGUCACCAGCUUUGGACCAGUUUCGGAUGUUAAAAUGGAGUACACCAUGGACAUGUUCUUUCGCCAGAUGUGGGUCGAUGAGCGUCUCAAAUUUGAGGGGCCUAUUGAAAUCCUGCGUCUGAAUAAUCGGAUGGUGGAGAAAAUUUGGACGCCAGACACUUUCUUCAGAAACUCCAUGAAGUCUAUUUCUCAUAACAUGACCACGCCCAACAAGCUCUUCCGUAUUAUGCAGAACGGGACUGUCCUGUACACCAUGAGACUGACCAUAAGUGCUGAGUGCCCAAUGAGGCUUGUGGAUUUCCCCAUGGAUGGUCAUGCCUGUCCUCUUAGGUUUGGAAGCUGUCACUACUCUGUGCAGGUGGUCCAUUUCCUUCUCCAGAGGAAGCUCGGCUACUACCUCAUACAGACCUAUAUCCCUCUCAUAAUGGUUGUUGUACUGUCGCAAGUCUCAUUUUGGAUCAACAAAGAGUCUGUUCCUGCGCGCACAGUUGCCGGCAUCACCACGGUGCUCACCAUGACCACCUUGAGCAUCAGCGCCCGCCAGUCUUUGCCCAAAGUCGCCUACGCCACAGCCAUGGAUUGGUUUAUUGCUGUGUGCUUUGCCUUUGUUGCAUCGGCCCUCAUUGAAUUUGCAGCGGUGAACUACUUCGCCACCUUGGAGCUCAACCGUCUGAAGAAGCAGAAGGCCAGACAAGACCGGCUGGAGGCGUUGGCCGCCGGCAGUGAGGAUGACGACACGAUUUCGACGGACAGCAACCCCAGAGAAGGCCUGAAAAGGAGAAACCACUCAGUGAGCUGCAGUGAGCCAGGAGAUACUCCACCUAUGCAGAUUUUCCUCCAGCAGGGUUCAGCCUAUCCUCAAGUCCCCCAGCUGGCCGGGACCAGCCGUAUUGACAAAUACGCCCGUGUUCUCUUCCCCCUAACCUUUGCCCUCUUCAACCUAGUGUACUGGUACAUCUACCUGGCCAAAGACACCAUGGAGAAGCCUAGCGUCAAGGAUCUCAAAGAUCCGAGUAAUAUGCCUCUGGUAAAAGAGACGGUGGACAGGCUGAUGAAAGGAUACGACAUUCGGUUGAGGCCAGAUUUCGGAGGUGCGCCGGUUGCUGUGGGAAUGAACAUAGACAUCGCCAGCAUUGACAUGGUCUCUGAAGUCAAUAUGCGCUGGCCCACUGAGGCUCAAAGGUCAGCCAUGUUGUCGGGCAAUAAAAAUGUGCAGGUCAGUCAGCAUCGUGGCCGCAGCCUCGCCUUCAUGACAUUACAAAUGUGCUAUUCUGAGAGGGAAGUGUCCUCCGAGUCCGAGGACUACACCUUGACCAUGUACUUCCAACAAGCAUGGCGAGACAAGCGUCUCUCCUACUCUGAGAUCGCAUACAACCUGACUCUGGAUAACCGAGUGGCCGACCAGCUGUGGGUGCCCGACACCUACUUCCUCAACGACAAGAAGUCCUUCGUUCACGGCGUCACCGUCAAGAACAGGAUGAUCCGUCUCCACCCCGAUGGCACCGUUCUUUAUGGACUCCGGAUCACCACAACUGCCGCCUGUAUGAUGGACCUGCGCCGCUACCCUCUGGAUGAGCAAAACUGCACCCUGGAGAUCGAAAGCUAUGGAUACACCACUGAUGAUAUUGAGUUUUACUGGCGAGGUGGAGAUGGUGCCGUGUCUGGGGUUGACAGAAUAGAGCUGCCACAGUUCUCUAUUGUCGACUACAAGCUCAUCUCCAAGAAUGUUGUCUUCUCGACAGGUUCCUACCCCCGCCUGUCCCUUAGCUUCAAACUGAAGAGGAACAUUGGCUACUUCAUCCUGCAGACAUACAUGCCUUCCAUCCUGAUUACCAUCCUCUCCUGGGUCUCCUUCUGGAUCAACUACGAUGCAUCAGCUGCUAGAGUGGCCCUGGGUAUCACCACGGUGCUGACCAUGACCACCAUCAACACACACUUGCGAGAAACCCUACCUAAGAUCCCCUACGUGAAGGCUAUUGACAUGUACCUGAUGGGCUGCUUUGUGUUUGUCUUCCUGGCCCUUCUGGAGUAUGCUUUUGUCAACUACAUCUUCUUCGGUCAGGGGCCCCAGCGACAGAAGAAGGCUGCUGAGAAAGCAGCCACGGCCAAUAACGAGAAGCUGAGGCCCGACCCUAACAAGUGGCUGGUGGGAAAUGUAGUUCAGAGAGAUGAUGCUCUGUAUGCCAGAAUGAAACAGAGGGAAAUUGACGCAUAUGACUCGAUGUGGGAUCCCAUCUUUGUGGACGAUGCCGCAUUAGGACUAGGCGAUCAAAGAAAUAAGAUGACCCCCGACGACAACAUCCUGUUCAGCGCCAUGGAGAUGAAGAAUGAGAUUGGCGGCGCCGGGGAUCUGUCCCGGGGCCUGGGAGCACCCGGAGAUCCCCGCAACACCAUGCUGGCCUAUGACAGCUCAACACUGCAGUACCGCCGGGCAGCCAUGGCCCGCCAGAACUAUGGCCACAGCGCCUUGGAGCGCCACGCCCAGAAGAAGUCACGCCUAAGGAGACGGGCCUCCCAGCUCAAGGUGAACAUCCCAGACCUGUCUGACGUGAACUCUAUCGACAAGUGGUCCAGGAUGAUCUUCCCCACUGUCUUCUCCUUCUUCAACGUGGUCUACUGGCUUUACUACGUCCAUUAAACACCGGUCUGGUGGCUGGCUCGCGUCAUGCAUGUGAAGAAGCAAGGGGGGGAGGCGGGGGAGGGAGAGAGGG